AUGCUCCACCAUCCACCCAGUUGGAUUCGGAACGACACACAAUCAUCCUCCUACAUCCGCCCGUUUCCCCUGCGCAUCCCCACCAUCUUGCUCCCAACUAUUCUCUGGGAAACGUUUCGACAAUAUGUUGCCCCCGUGGUGAAUAGAUUCCACUUCCCAAGCACCAAGCAAACCUUCAUGGACACCGCGAUGGCCCCGGAUCUCGUCGACCACGGCACAAAACCGCUAAUGUUUUCCAUCUACUACGCAGCCGUCGCCAGCAUGACCGACGAUACAAGUAUCCAGAAUAUGGAAAAUGCCCGUUCAGCGCUGUUGGUGCAUUACCAAUACGCCACCCAGCAAGCUCUGAUCAAGGCCGAUAUUUUCCACACGCAAAGCAUACGGGUUUUGCAAGCCGCCGUUCUUCUGUGGACAUGUAUGCAAAACCAGGAUGAUAGCGGCUCUAUCUGUUCUAUGGUAUCUAUGCUAUUCCGCAUGGCACAGACCAUGGGUAUGCAUCUUGAUGGUGGGACCAUGCUCGACCUCACGCCUGUUGAAGUCGAAGUCCGAAGACGGGUCUGGGGUCUGGUUGCAGAUUUGCUUUCUAGAUCUGCGAUUGUCUAA